CAGAUGGAGUUUGAAGAGCUGGUGUCCAGCACCAGGAGACUAAGUCUCAGCAGCACAGAGAAGCAGAAGAGAGGAAGCAUUGCCAAUGCUGACUCCAGGUUGGACCGCAAGAGAGAGUCCCACUACAUCGGAGCAGGUCCAGAGUUCCAGCAUGUCUGUUUCAAGCCCUGUGCUCAGAGUCCUCUGGUGUCUCGUUACCUGCACCUCCAAGACAUCCCAACACCCGCUGGAUCUGAUACACGCAGGAUCAGACGCACUGAGAUCACCAACCUCACUCCUUCCAAACCCACCUACCAAGAGGUGCUGACUGAGGUGGAGGAGAGGAGCCACAAAAGGCAACAGGAAUACAACACGUUCUGCCAGCAGACGAAACAGGAGAUAGCUGACAUCCACAGAGAUCGACUGAUCCAUAACAUGAAACUCAACAGGAUGAAGAAAGAGAUUUUCAGUGACCGCAUGGAGGUGAAGAUCGCCAGCGAGGGAAUCAUGAAUAAAUGGAACCACCCCCCAUACCGCCAGCGUCUGCAGAAGGGAGAGGGGAAAGAGAGGAAAGAGGAGUCAGAGGAGGUGAAGAAUACUAACCAACCUUCUGUUCCAGAGAACCGAAAGACAGCUGGACAAUGACACUGCAACUUUCAGAACAGCGUCUCUCUCUCUUUCUCUUUAUGCCACUCAGAUCUACAGAACAUGAUGUCAGUGUUUUGUUCUACAUUAAUAUAUAUUUUACAUUUGUUUUCAUUGAAAUUCACCCAGAUGAUUUAAAUGCCAGUCUUCACACUUCA